AUCAUAGGACCUAGAGAGGUUGUUACAAUGGAAGGAACUGAUAAUUUCAAGACACCAAGCAAAUUAUCUGAAAAAAGGAAAUCUGUGUUAUGUUCAACUCCAUAUGUAACUAUCCCUGCCUCUCCAUUUAUGCAGAAGCUUGGCUUUGGGACUGGGGUAAAUGUUUACCUAAUGAAGAGAUCUCCAAGAGGUUUGUCUCAUUCUCCUUGGGCUGUAAAAAAGAUUAAUCCCAUCUGUAGUGAUGAUUAUCGGAGUAUAUAUCAAAAGAGACUAAUUGAUGAGGCUAAGAUUUUGAAAAGUCUUCAUCAUCCAAACAUUGUAGGUUAUCGUGCUUUUACUGAAGCCAGUGAUGGCAGUCUGUGCCUUGCUAUGGAGUAUGGAGGUGAAAAGUCUCUAAAUGAUUUAAUAGAGGAGCGAAAUAAAGACAGCCAGGAUGCCUUUCCAGCAGCUGUAAUUUUAAAAGUUGCUUUGAACAUGGCAAGAGGGCUAAAGUAUUUACACCAAGAAAAGAAACUGCUUCAUGGAGAUAUAAAGUCUUCAAAUGUUGUAAUUAAAGGUGAUUUUGAAACAAUUAAAAUCUGUGAUGUAGGAGUCUCUCUACCAUUGGAUGAAAAUAUGACUGUGACCGAUCCUGAGGCCUGUUACAUUGGUACUGAGCCGUGGAAGCCCAAGGAAGCUUUGGAGGAAAAUGGCAUUAUUACUGAUAAGGCAGACAUAUUUGCAUAUGGCCUUACUCUGUGGGAAAUGAUGACUUUAUCUAUUCCACACUUUAAUUUUGAUGAUGAUGAUGAUGAUGAAGAUAAAACUUUUGAUGAAGAUGACUUCAAUGAUGAGGCAUAUUAUGCAGCUUUGGGAACCCGGCCACCUAUUAAUAUGGAAGAACUGGAUGAAUCCUACCAGAAAGUAAUUGAACUCUUCUCUGUAUGCACUAAUGAAGAUCCUAAAGAUCGUCCCUCUGCUGCACACAUUGUUGAAGCUUUAGAACUAGAUGGCCAGUGA